AUGACGCACCAUUUGGCUGGGUUCGGCAGUAAUAGUCUCAACGACAUCGUGGUGUUCUGUACAGAUGCCACCAAACAAUUGAUUAGAGGAUUUCACAAUAUCGAAUAUGAUAAGAAUUUAGAGAAAAUUCGUGUUUGUAGGUUUAAUGAGACUAUUUCUUUACAUAACGGUACCCUCAAGGUCACCUUUAUCCCCGUCUAUCACUGUAUAGGCUCUGCCAUGAUUCUAUUAGAGGCACCAGACCAUAAAAUUUUAUAUACGGGAGAUGCUCGAUUUGAUUCUCCCAUUCUCAAACUCGUAAGCAUGAACCAUAGGCUUCUGGAAUACAUCGCAAACUCAGCCUGGCUUGACACCAUUUACCUGGAUACCACCUUCUCUUACAGAUCGAAGAACAUUCAAAUCAUGGAUCGAUAUAUAGGAAUAGAAAUGCUUAUACAGUCGAUUCAGACCUAUCCUAUUGGAACAAAGUUCAACUUGAUCAACACCACAUGCGGGUUUGAAGAUGUCUGGAUGAGACUAGCAUGGAAAUUUGGAGUUAGCAGUCUAGCAUUUGAUGAAUCACUUAGAAAGCGAUUCGAGUUGUUGAGAAAGGUAAGGGACAAAUUUGAGUUGAUGACGAAUCCCGUGGACAAUUUUCUGAACUUUCUAGGACUUCAUCAGUCAGAGGCUAAAGGAAAACCUACAGAUCAAUCUUCUCCUUAUUCAUUUUAUGUUGGAAAAGGCUUCGAAGGAUGUGAUGUUAGGGUUAGCGCUGCAAUCAAUAUCACUUCAAGGGAAUUCAACCAGAGAUAUAUCGGCAAAGGGAAGGGAGAGUUCAAAAAACUAGUCAUAGAUGACCAAAAUACAUACUCUGGCACAUUUGCAUAUCAUAUCAAUGAUCGAGUAUCAAUAGACUUGACUCAGAGAUAUCUGCCGUUUCCUGAAAGAGGAAUUCUGCUUCCAACAGAACUUAAAUUUGUAUUUUCUAGACACAGCUCUUGCCAAGAAUGCCUGAAAUUUCUUGCGGCCUUUAAGGGGAAUGUUAGAGAAGUAUACCCAACUGUUUAUAAUACUGAAGCGUGGAUAAGAGGGUUCAGCAUGCAACGGUACUUUGGAAACUUCUGUAUGCGGAAUAGUUUUCGUUUUGAUAGGGAAAUGAACGAAAAGUACGGUUCUUCGGCCAUUUCAUUUACAGAACCAGUAAAGCUAGCGAAUUAUUGGCCAACUGAGUCUAACCCUUACCGUCGUCACCUUGACCUUCUGGGACAAUCGGGCGGAAUCAAGGGCGAGAAAGUUGAACGAGGGACAUCACUGUAUAGAAUUAGGAAGCUGCGAAAAUAUCGUAAACUUCAUCAUUCUGAUAACCGUGAAAAGGUAUUCGAACAGUCGGAAAACCAUCAGAAAGUGUUCAAGAGUCACAAAGUCCCCGAAAUGAAUAUCACAAACUCUGAGAGCAGUAGUAACGAUAACGAUCGACAUAUGGAGGAGGCUGUAAUUGCCAAACAACUCCAAUUAACUUCAAGAAAAGAAAUUAUGGACUCUAUUUCAAUCUCAAUAGAUUAUUCUGUAAUAGAGUCUUCGACUACCACUGAAACAGACUCAGAGCCGCAGAAAGCUGAAUUGAAUCGCUGGAACGAUUACGUUGUUGAACCCACUAAGGAGUUCGGCAACUGCGAAGAACCGAUAAGUGUCAAGGAUAUUUAUUGUCAAAAAUAUAACAGAAGAAGAGCUGAUGUCCGUCAUCGCAUCUUGAAGAUCUUAUGA